AUGCCUCUCUACCGCAUCAAGGGAAAAAUUACCAAGGGUUCGCGCCUUGCUAAGCGUGAGAGGUCCGCUAAGCAUAAGCAUGACCAGGUAGCGAACAGGGGUGAGCACCAUCGAAAGAUGUACAAUUCUAAGGGGAAUAGACCCGCUGAUUUUGCGCGUUCGCUAGGUACUCACCUUCGCGAUCGGCGCCUCCAGCUCCAUAAUUACAAUAUGCGGCAGAACCGCCGCUGGCUCACAGCCAAGAUACACACCGAAGACGACGAUGACAUCCCCGAACAUGCGCGCUGGCCGCUCUUGCAGCACUGGACCAAGACCGAGCACCACCAGCAGAACCCCAAGAUUUCUGACGGUCUGGCGCUCACCGACGACGUCAAAUCUGCGCUGGCUUUGCUGACGGACGAGCGCGCUGUGGCUGCUGCCCAGCAAGGAAACCCGGAGCGUGUGGCAGAUUGGUGGGUGCAGCCCGAGAUCAAGAGCAAAAGAAAGGACAGCAAGAAGAAGAAGAAGGGCAAAAAUGCCAAGGAGCAAGGGGCUACGGCCGGUCAGGGAGUCAGUGUUGAGGGGUUUCAGGACGAUUUUGGGGCAUUGGCAUUGGGCAAGGACGGGGAUAUAGAGGAGAAGAUGAAGAGGGAAGAGGGCGGUGUUUCGUUAGAGGAGGAGUUUGAGGGGUUCGAAUCCCCAGUCAUGAUGUCUCCGGCGGGGUCUGUGAUCGGCGAGGGACAGGAAGAGGAAGAGGAUUGA